CCUGGGACUCCCGGGGCCCUGGAACCAAGUCCAGCACCGCCGCCCACUGGGGCCGGUGCGUCCUUAGCACGGGGCCCGGGACGCAGGCGUGCGGGGUCCUGGAGACCUUGCGGUGCUGUGCAGGAAGUGAGGCUGAGCCUGCGGCACGUGACGCGUGUUCUCGCGCACAAGGACGGACGUCCUGACGUGAGGCUGCUCCUCCAGCAUCCUUUUAUAUUACACCAUCUUCAACUUAAAACAUAUGUCACUUGACAAGAUGAGAAUUGUAAAACUCUGAGAACCAUCCAGGCUGAUGUUAACUCCAAGACUAGCCCAUAUCUGGUUGGGUCACCAUUAGUCUUUGAAAUAUAAAGGCGUCAAUUCGCCCUCAAACCCAGCACCCCGAGCUGAGCCCUCCACUUGCACUAAGGCAGAGAGACAAAUACGCAGGCUGGAGCCUGAGCUGGGAGCUGUAAAUUCAAUUCAGAUCUCCCACGUGAAUGGAAGGGAGCUAACUACUUGCACCAUCACCUGCUGCUUCCUGAGGUUUAUACUGACAAGAAGCUGGAGUCAGGAGAUUGGUAGGGGACCCAGGCACUUCAGUAUCGGACAUGGGCAUCCCAAGAGACGUCAAACCACUAGAGCCAUGGCGACUCCCUCUGCUGCCUUUGAGGCCCUUAUGAAUGGAGUGAUAAGCUGGGAUCUCCCUGAUGAACCCACGCCAAGUGAACUGCUUCUUAUUGGAGAGGCCUCAUUUCCUGUGAUGGUGAAUGACAUGGGUCAGGUCCUCAUUGCUGCCUCCUCCUACGGCCGAGGCCGCCUGGUCGUCUUAUCCCAUGAAGACUACAUGGUGGAAGCCCAUCUCAGUACCUUUCUCCUUAAUGCCAUGGGAUGGCUAAAUUCUUCCCCCGGGGCUCCCAUUGGUGUGCACCCUUCUGUGGCACCUUUGGUCAAAAUCCUCGAAGGCUCUGGAGUGGAGGCAAAGAUUGAGCCAGAAGUGAAAGACUCCCUGGGGGUUUACUGUAUUGAUGCCUACAAUGAAACCAUGAUCGAGAAACUGGUCCAAUUUAUGAAACGCGGAGGGGGCUUGCUCAUAGGAGGCCAAGCCUGGGAUUGGGCCAACCAGGGCGAAGAUGAGAGGGUUCUGUUCACGUUCCCUGGCAACCUUGUGACCAGUGUGGCAGGCGUGUACUUCACUGACAACAAAGGGGACACAAGUUUCUUUAAAGUCUCUAAGAAGAUGCCCAAGAUCCCGGUCUUAGUUUCCUGUGAAGAUGACCUCUCCGAGGACAGAGAGGAGCUCCUGCACGGGAUUUCGGAGCUGGACAUCAGCAACUCGGAUUGUUUCCCAUCCCAGCUGCUAGUGCAUGGGGCUUUAGCCUUUCCUCUGGGGUUAGAUUCCUACCAUGGCUGUGUUAUAGCGGCUGCCCGCUAUGGCCGGGGCCGGGUGGUAGUCACUGGCCAUAAGGUAUUAUUCACCGUUGGCAAACUGGGCCCCUUUCUGCUCAACGCUGUCCGGUGGCUGGAUGGGGGACGCAGAGGCAAGAUUGUGGUGCAGACAGAGCUGAGAACACUGAGCGGCUUACUCGCAGUGGGCGGCAUAGACACCAGCAUUGAGCCCCAUCUGACCAGUGAUGCCAGUGUCUAUUGCUUUGAACCCACGAGUGAAGUGGGGGUCAAAGAGCUGCAGGAGUUUGUAGCAGAGGGUGGCGGGCUGUUCGUUGGAGCGCAAGCCUGGUGGUGGGCCUUCAAGAACCCGGGAGUGUCUCCUCUGGCCCGGUUCCCAGGAAACCUCCUCCUCAACCCCUUUGGCAUCAGCAUCACAAGCCAAAGCCUCAACCCAGGGCCCUUCCGUACUCCUAAAGCUGGCAUCAGGACCUACCAUUUCCGCUCGACUCUGGCUGAGUUCCAGGUUAUCAUGGGCAGGAAGCGAGGGAAUGUGGAAAAGGGUUGGCUGGCAAAGCUGGGACCAGACGGUGCAGCUUUCCUCCAGAUUCCCGCAGAAGAGACCCCUGCAUAUAUGUCCGUGCAUCGACUCCUGAGGAAACUGCUAAGUCGCUAUCGGCUCCCUGUGGCGACCCGAGAGAACCCCGUUAUCAAUGACUGCUGCAGGGGUGCGAUGCUUUCCCUGGCCACGGGUCUGGCCCACUCUGGAAGUGACCUCUCUCUGUUAGUCCCGGAAAUUGAGGAUAUGUACAGCAGCCCCUAUCUGCGCCCUUCGGAAUCUCCUAUCACCGUUGAGGUCAACUGUACCAACCCAGGAACCAGAUACUGCUGGAUGAGUACUGGGCUGUACAUACCCGCAAGGCAAAUCAUAGAAGUCUCACUACCUGAAGCUGCUGCCUCUGCUGACCUGAAGAUACAGAUCGGCUGUCACACCGAUGACCUCACAAGGGCCAGCAAGCUGUUCCGAGGCCCACUUGUGAUUAACCGGUGCUGCUUGGACAAACCCACGAAAUCCAUCACCUGCCUUUGGGGUGGCCUCCUCUAUAUCAUCGUGCCUCAGAGCAGCAAACUGGGUUCUGUGCCCAUCACCGUUAAGGGGGCUGUGCAUGCUCCAUACUACAAGCUGGGGGAGACAUCCCAGGAGGAGUGGAAGAGGCGUAUCCAGGAGAACCCAGGCCCCUGGGGAGAGCUGGCCACAGACAAUAUCAUCCUGACGGUGCCAACUGCGAAUCUUCGCACUCUGGAGAACCCUGAGCCACUGCUCCGCCUCUGGGACGAGGUGAUGCAGGCUGUGGCACGACUGGGAGCUGAGCCCUUCCCUCUGCGUCUGCCUCAGAGGAUUGUAGCUGAUGUGCAGAUAUCUGUCGGCUGGAUGCAUGCAGGAUACCCCAUCAUGUGCCAUCUGGAGUCCGUGCAGGAGCUCAUCAAUGAGAAGCUCAUCAGAACCAAGGGGCUGUGGGGCCCUGUCCAUGAGCUGGGCCGCAACCAGCAGCGACAGGAAUGGGAAUUCCCACCACACACCACCGAAGCCACCUGCAACCUGUGGUGUGUUUACGUGCAUGAAACAGUCUUGGGCAUUCCUCGAGGCCGUGCCAACAUUGCCCUGUGGCCCCCAGUUCGGGAAAAGAGAGUCCGAAUCUACCUGAGCAAGGGACCUAAUGUGAAAAACUGGAAUGCAUGGACUGCCCUGGAAACAUAUCUGCAGCUACAGGAAGCCUUUGGCUGGGAGCCAUUCAUCCGUCUGUUCACUGAGUAUAGGAACCAGACCAACUUGCCCACAGACAAUGUUGACAAAAUGAAUCUGUGGGUCAAGAUGUUCUCCCACCAAGUGCAGAAGAACCUGGCUCCAUUCUUUGAGGCCUGGGCCUGGCCCAUCCAGAAAGAAGUGGCUACCAGCCUGGCCUAUCUGCCUGAAUGGAAGGAAAAUAUUAUGAAAUUGUACCUCCUCACACAGAUGCCCCACUGAAAUUGAAGUCAAGAAGUGAGAAAUGGAAUUGACACAUCACAGCAAUGAAAACUGAAGGGAUUUGGUUGUAAGUGGAGAUCUCAACACAUUUCUGGAAGAGAGAAAGUGGAUAAAGCAGGAUUAUGAAUAAAAGAGUGAAGAUACCUUUCAGACAGAAUGUUAGCUGAUCUGAACAACACAAUCCCAAAGAGACUUGGGCACCUGAAAAAUCUAUCUACUAAAGAAUUAUUCCAGUUGUAUAAUUGAACCCCAUCUUACUCUGCUCCCACCCUUGUGCACAAAACACAGGUAACUUGUUGAUACCAGUAAAAAUUUUGUUGUUUUUGUUGUUGUUGUUUGUAUAAAGAAAUUGAAUAAACCACCUAAGGGAAAGUGAGAGUUAAUACUCAAGAGUAAAUUCCUCUUUUGUUGAAAUAGGUGGGUCCCCCUAACCUGUCAGCCAAUUCUUUACUGACAAUUCAGACGCCCUACUCCAGUACACAGAAGACCUAGGGAAACAGCCUUCUUCAUACAAGAGCAGAGGAAAUGCAUACCAACUCCUAUAAGCUCCUAUAAGCGGUUAAGUGCAUUCUUAAGUGUGGGAAAUUCCAGACCUGGGAGUGGGGAGUGAAGAACAGGGUAGAAGCAUAUGAUAAAUAAAUAGGUAGAAUUGGGAGAUUUGAAAAAUAUUGCAAAUUCUGGAGGAAAUAAAGUUACUGUGGGAAAAACAAUUUGAAAAUUUAGCUGUACCUUCAGAGAAGUUAGAGUUGUGUUUCUAAGAUGAAAGCAAGAUACUACAAAGAAAAGAAUUCUGAGAAUAACUCUCUGAAAAUGAAAUAAUAUUUCCAAGUGUAUUCAGUAGACAAGCUAGAAAAUAAAGUUAAGGAAAUCUCCCAAAAUAUAAAGCACCCCCUCUAAAGAAAAAAAAACUAUGAAGAAAAGAAAAAAAGUUAUAGACAAUCAAAUCAGUGUCCUUUUUUAGGAGUUUCUAGAAGACAGAAUUUAGAAAACAUAUAAGGAAAUAUAAAGAAAAAAUUGGAGAACAGAACAAAUGAAGGUUUCAGACUGAGAGGGCCCAAUUUAAUCUAUAUCUUAAUACAAUCUUGGAAAAUUUGGAAAUAUUAAAGAUAGAGGGGAGGUAUAUAAGUGACAACUGGUGGGGAGGGGAAAGUACAUCAGAUCGUCAUAAUUGUGUCAACUAAAAAGAAAUGAGAAAAAUACUGGCAGCAGUUUUUUCAUCAACAACACUGAAUGCUAGUAGUUAGUGGAGCAAUGUCUCCAACAUAGUUUAUGGAAAUUUUUUGUACCCAGAAUUCCACAGCAAGACCAACAGUCAAGAGCACCAUUAAAAUAAAGACAUUUUCUGAUGCAAAAUGUUUUUGCAAAGUCUACCCCUUUGUGCACCCUUUCUGAGGAAGUACCUUGAAGAAGUUCAGCAAAAUGGGGAUUAAAACCCAAAAUGAGGAAGAAAUGGCAUUCAGAAAACAAUGGGCAUCCCCCUGAAUGUCUCACUGUAGAGUGAGUUUUCCAUAAAGAGAUCUCACUGCAGACAGUUAUCCAGCAGAUCCUUUUGGGAUGAAAGCAUACAGUCUCGGGCUCUCCAGGCAACGGCAUUCUCUGCCAUGAAUACUAUCACUGAGAAGUCGCAAUAUUAGAGAAUAAGGAGGACCCCCAUUCUUUGUCAAUAAGAAAGACAAAUCAAAGCUAUGUCAAGAAAUUCAGGUCCAAUUAUGAAGCAAAAUAAAAUGAGCUGUGAUUUUGAUUUGCUAUGGAAUGUAAGAAGAAACUCAGCUGGUCACUGGCAGUGGGUAAAAUUCCCCUCCCAUGGUAUAGGCAUCACAAUACUGUGUGUGUAGAGAAGAAAAUAUCCUAACUGCUACCUGACGGUCAUUAAAAAGUAUUUACAUUGCCAAAAUGAUGUACAUGACAUUUAUUCUGUGUUCUGACCAGCCUAUCAACAAACAUGAAAGGCUUAGUUUUUUAUUCAUAUAUGAAGUUGUAAGUAAGUAAUGCUGACAAGUUAAGGAACAAUGAAAUCAAGAAGUUGAGAAUCAGUUGUGGGAACAGCGAUGGAAAGAAGAAUUGUACUACUUAUGCAUCCAAAAUGGGGAUGACAGAUAAGGUCUUCAAUUAAUAAAACAACUAUUAAUUAGUGUGAUACUCAAAGCUAAAAAUUAAGCCAAUGUAAGUAUUAAAAAUGACACAUCUAUAAAACAUUUCAAGAACAAUAGCAAAUGAAAGGUGGGGAUACUGUAAGUUAAAUCCUUAUCUUUUGUAUUGGGAAAUUAUUAAAGAGUGUCUAAAGUUAAUGGAAGAAAUUGUUGUUCAAACAUGUUAUUUAAAUUUAGGAAGUUAUUUACCAGAAGUUCUAAAAAUAGAUAUUGUUAAAAGAAUUGCCUCUAGAGAAUGGGACUAGGUAAAAGAAGUUUGGGGUGGGAAACUGUGUUUUCAUUUUAAGUUCUUCUGUACUAUUUAAUUUUUUUACCUUGUGCAUGUAUUACUUUGAAAAAUUUUUAAUAAAAUCAAAUAAAAAUCC